AUGGACACGAGUAGAACAAGUAAUGCAGAAUGGCCGUCCGAUAUACCUGCGCCAGCGCCGGUGAAGAAGUGGCUCGAGACGCUAUUUCCACUGCUCGACUCCAAAGACCCGGACGUGCCCGAGAAAGUCGCACGACUGUAUACCGAAGACGCAGAGGUUCAUGGUGCAGCUGGAAUGGCCAAAGGCACUGAGCAGAUUAUUGCAGCCCGCAUAAAGAGCUGGGCGGUUAUGGAAGAACGAAGACACGAGUUACUCCGAGUCUUUACCUCCAAGAAGGACUUUAGUGACUUGCUUCUGAUUUGCAAGCUGAAGGCAACGCUGAAGAAUGGCAAUGAGGUCUCUGGAGAAUUCAUUUCUCAUCUGGUCUUUAAAGGAGAUACCAGUGUUGACCCCAAGGGCAGCUUGUAUACUAUUUGGAAUGACUCGGCACCGUGGUUGAAGGCAAUGGGUUUCAAGAUCGAGAAACCAGAUGCAGAAUAG